UAGGGGGCUGAGGACGCAACCCUGGGGGGAUCCUGUGUUCAGGGUGAGGGGUUUGGAGGUGUGUCUGCCCACCCUGACCACCUGUGGCCUGGCGGUCAGGAAGUCCAGGAUCCAAGCACACAGGGGGGUGUUCAGUCCCAGCUCAAUCAGCUUGCCGGCCAGUCUGGAGGGGACUAUGGUGUUGAAAGCUGAACUAUAAUCAAUGAACAGCAGUCUCACAUAGCCCCCCCUCUGGCUGUCCAGAUGAGAGAGUGUGGUGUGCAGUACCUGGGAGACAGCAUCAUCCGUGGAUCUGUUUGGGCGAUAAGCAAACUGCAGCGGGUCCAUGGAGGAAGGGAGGAAGGCGCAGAUGUAGUCCUUUAUCAGCCUCUCAAAGCAUUUCAUGACCACCGAGUCCCGCCUUCCAUUCACGACGGGGAGCAGCAGGUGGUCGCGGUGGAGAGCGCUCCGGCUCAGCUGGUGUGCGUGGCCGACGGCGUCCCUCAGCCCAGCCUCACCUGGGAGAAGGACGGCGCCCUCCUCAGCGAGCGCACAGGGGAGUACACCAUCCUCCCCUCCGGAGAGCUGGUGAUAGACGUCACUCAGCCCGGCGACGGAGGCGUUUACACCUGCGUUGCCACAAACGCGGUCGGUCGGGACAGCCGGCCGACGACGCUGUCGGUGCACACUCGCCCCGUCUUCACCGAGCGGCUCGCAGACGUGGCCCUCAACAAGGGAGAGCGCCUCCUGCUGGCCUGUGGAGUCGGUGGCGUCCCCCCGCCCAGAAUCACGUGGGCCUUCAACGACAACGUCGUCCCGGUUCCCUCUGACCGCGUGCCGGGCCUCAGCGAGCUGCUGGUGGAGCGCGUGGACAAAGAGGACUCGGGCACCUACAGCUGCGAGGCAGAAAACGACGUCGGGACCAUCAAGUCACUGGGCGUCGUCUACGUCAGAGAGCCUCCGAUCAUCGACGGGGACCAUCACUCCGACCGCGUUGAGCCUCUUGGUGGCAACGCCAUCCUGAGCUGUGAGGUCCGGGGAGACCCCCCCCCCACCAUCCGCUGGAGCAAGAGCGGAAUCAACAUCCAGACCGGCGACCGCGUCCGUCAGCUGGACAACGGCUCGCUGGCCAUCUACGGCACGGCGAGUGAAGAUGCAGGCGACUGCAUGUGUGUGGCAGCGAAUGAGGCUGGAGUGGUGGAGAGGAGCGUCGCCCUGACCGUGCACAGUGCUCCGGCCAUCACGGCGGAGCCGACGGUGGUGGUGGACGCCGGCGGCACGGUCGUGCUCGACUGUCGGGCGGAGGGGGAGCCCACGCCCACGAUGGAGUGGUCCCGGAAGGGAGGGCGCCGCCUGCUGGGCGACGACCGCUUCUCCCCGCUGUCCAACGGCUCGCUGCGAGUCAGCAGCGCCCAGAAGGAGGACACGGCCCAGUAUGAAUGCCUGGCCAGAAACCUGCUGGGGUCAGCGAGGGCCAGGGUCACGCUGACCGUGAGAGGAGAGCCAGACGCGGCGGGGGUUAAAGUCUGUGUUUCACGGGGGCCACUCGGAGUGGUCAGCCUGGGGCCCGUGCAGCGCGUCCUGUGGCGUCGGCUCCCAAAGGAAGCGUCGGCGGUGGACCAAUCCUCUCCCCGCCAACGGGGGGCGCCACUGCGCAGGGUCGGACACGGAGACGCGAGGCUGUCAGGGGAGCGUGUCCAGUGGAUGCUAACUGGUCCGAGUGGUCUCUGUGGGAGGAGUGUUCUCGUACCUGUGGUCAUGGCAACAGGACGAAGGUCCGGACCUGCAGCAACCCUCCGGCGCAGCACGGGGGCAAGCCGUGCGAGGGCAAGGCCGCGGAGGUCACCGUGUGCGGCCGUGUCCAGUCAACGGUCACUGGAGCCCGUGGAGCAGCUGGGGCGGCUGCAGCAGGACGUGCAACGGGGGUCAGACGAGGCGCUACCGGACGUGUGACGACCCCAGCCCCGCCAACGGGGGGAGAGCGUGUGCAGGAGCAGACACGCAGAUACAGAGGUGGACGGGAGCUGGGCCUCGUGGCAGCUCUGGGGAGGAUGCUCCGCCUCCUGCGGCGGCGGCGCGUCCGUCUGUGUAACAGUCCGCCUCG